GUCAACGCUACACCAAUGCGGAUCAUCUCGUUAUUAUUCACAAAGUUGAGGGGUUGGACGCAAAAAAACCAAAAACAGGCUUAUCCAAACCCUGCACUUCUUUUCUAUAAAUCGCACUGGAGCCGGCCGGCCAACCCUAGAUCAGGGAUGAAGAAAACUUACCUAUUUCUUACACCCCCGCCGGCAACCACCCCCGCCGGCGACGACGACUUCGAGGAAUCCGACGUCUGGGGUUUCGGACCGGAUUCACGGCCCGAAGAUCGCCGAAUGCCGAUCCCGAUCCGCCGAUCGAGCCGAAAGAAAGCGGAAAAGGGGGAUCGAUCUAGCGGAGACGCGGCUGCUCCGGCCUCUCUUCCGCUGAAGAACAUACCGGACUGGUCGAAGAUCCUGAAGGAGGAGAGCCGCGCUGUUGUAACCCUAGGAAGGGGAAGCCAGCUGUUCGACGAGAGUGAUGAGGAGGUGAUGGUGAGUGGAUCGGUGAUUCCGCCGCACGAGCUGCUGUGGAGGAGACGGGAAGCGUCCUUCUCGGUGCAGGAGGGACUCGGGAGGACAUUGAAAGGCCGCGAUCUUAGCCGCGUGCGGGAUGCGAUUUGGCUGAGGACCGGAUUUGAGGACUGAUCUCGGCCGCCGCCGGCGACCGGCGAUCGGCGAUUCCCCUCUUCUUUUUAUUUUUAUAAUUUGUUGGGCUGAUUUUUUUUUAAUUUUGUGAUUUUAUGGAUUGGUGAAGAGAUUGGGUCAGUUUAUCGAAAAAUUAUUCGGAUCGGACAGCUCAUGCAUCUUGCAUGCGGUGUCUGAUCCUGAUC